GUUUUAACACACAGGGCAAAAAGAGAGAGAGAGAGAGAGAGAGGAGGAAAAAAAAAAAGUGCGACAAAGUCCUUGACAUCAUUGUACGUUUCCACUGACAGAGAGAAGAAGAGGAACCAUAAGCAUCAUGCCGAUGUCAAUAGCGCAGGUGCAGGCUGCUCUCAAAGAAGUGAUGAAGUAUGUAGAGGAGUUCAUUCAUUACGACAAUGACAGGGAGUUGUGUAUGCUUGAGGGGAGAGUGUCGAGUUACUUCAUUGUCAAUGUGGAUAUGAGAUCCACAGUGAUGGCAAACGGCGAGGGGUGUGUCAAAGCGCAAACAUUAUUGCAACGCUUGGAACAGUCACCAGAUUUGCGCGUGGACAACGACAUGGAAGACAGUGUGUACAACCUCAAAGGAGUAGUUCAGUGGAUGUGCAACAAAGGGAUGUGCGAAGAAGGGGAUGCGGACAUGACAAUGCAUCAAAAAGUGGGAAUAUAUACACCUGCAGAUUUCAAGAAGUUGUUGGGCACUUUGGCGAAGAAUUCGGGAUUGGUUGUUGAAGGGUCGAAGGACAAGUUGAAGACCGGUUUAGCAAAAAUUUUACUACUCUCUAGGAUAAAAGAUAUAACACAAACACCUCCUGAAGACUUUCAAGAUGUUCCUCUCAUAGUCGCAGAUGGUGUGGAAUAUGUUCUGAUGGAUCAACUUGUGGACUCCAUGAAAAAGAGUCCCGAGGACAGGAACGUCAUCCAUGAGGCAUUGCAUGAAGUCACAGAGUUAGCACUACAGGGAGAAGAACUAAUCGAAUAUAUGUCGGCAAGAAAGGAAGGCAACAUGAUAUGUGGCACGUCAUUGUGGAAGGGGAUAUUCCUGGCAGCUUUGGAGUAGCUCGGCCAUGCCGGUUCCGAUAUUCAGAGAAAAACAAAAAGAGAAGAAGGGUGGAAGUUGAUGCUCACAGAAGCACAUCUUGCAAUUAUUCCACACGACGAACAGACAUCAGCGACAUAAGAAACAAUAAAUAGUAUGUCAGUCG